AUGGCAAACUUAAACGACGCAUGCGUUUGUCCUGUGUGCUUGGCAGCUCUCCAAGAUCCUGUCAUUCUUAACUGCGCUCACAAUCUUUGCUUUGAGUGCGCCUAUGAAAUUAUAGAAGUAAACUGUUUGCAAGAAAAAGAGGUGAUCAAUAAAUAGUCGAAAAUUUUCAUCUGUCCAGUCUGCCGGAAGUGCACUUUUCUCAAGUCUUUUUCUUCCAAUUGCCUUCCGAGAAACCAAAUUGUUCAAGCAAUCUUACAUAGCAGCGAGUCUCUACAAAACUCUACCACAAAUAAAUGUCAAGCUUGUGGGAAUUCAGAAAUUUACUGUAAUAUGUGUAACAAUUGCAAGGUGAUGCUGUGCUCUGGUUGUGCAGAAGCUCAUAUUUCAGAUGAAAUGUAUUCAGAUCAUAUAUAGAGAUUUCCUCUAUAUAGCGCUGAAAGCGCAGACAUUUUCCCAGGAGCUUUCCAAGUUCGUCGGACCAAAUCGCUUUUUGGUCCGACCAAGGCAUUGAUUUGGUGCAACCAACCGAUAAAUUCCGAUCAGAAUUUAUCGGCCUUACAGCGCCAAACAUAGGAAACUUCUAUAAUUAGGUCCAAUGCUAAUGAAGAUAGUAGGACUUGCAUUGAGCAUAAUCUUGAUGAGGAUUUGUUUUGCAUGGACGAUAAAAUCAGCUGCUGCACAGUUUGUGCUCAAAAUCCCAGUGUUCAUGCAGGCCACUCAAUAUACACAAAAGAGCUUGCACGAACUAAACUCGCUGCAGCUGCAAUUGAAACUAAAAAACUGAUUCCAUUAUUAGAGAAAAGAGUUGAAAGUGCUAAAAGAUCUGUGCUAGUUGAGUUAAACCAAGCAGAGUCUAAUGAUGAAAGUGAUGGAAUUUUAAGUCCUCAAAAAGAGUCAGGGCAAGAUGAAAUCAGUGACUGGAAAAAAAAUUCAAAAAUUAUGAAAUCAUAUCUAGAAACAAAUUUAAAUUUAAUUGAGCAGGUCGAAAAACUGAUCCCCAAUCUGUAUCGAUUUAAUGAUAAUUUAGACCUUAUAAGCCAAGCCCACAAAAUUUCUAAGCUAUCUGCUCAGUUUUAUAAAAAUUUCCCACAAGAUGUUUUAUUCCACAUGCCUAAGGGGCCAACAUUGAACGGAGUCUAUGACUCACUGUCCUUCCUCGAACUAAACAGCCCUAAAACUAUUGAAUCUUCCCAGCUUUUCUAUUUAAUUCGAGGAAGUCGUGACUAUUUUGUGUAUGAUUUCAGAAAAAAUGAGUUUCAAAAGAAAAUGAUCCAAGACACAACUUUGGAAGUCCCAAGGUGAUCUUGCUUUGUCCAGCUGCCUAACGACUAUGUCUUGAUUAUGGGUGGAAAGGCAAGGAAAAAUAGCGGUGCCAAACAAACUGCAUUUUUCCUAGACCCUGCAACCGGAUCUACAUAUGCAGCUCCUUCUAUGAUUAAUGGGCAUUCAUCCCACGUAAGUCUGCUUGUGGAUGGGAUUGUCUAUGUAAUUUCAGGGAAAAAUGAAAAUAAUUUGACUGCAACACAAUGCGAAGCAUUCAUGCUAGUACUAAUAAGAUUACGCUUAUUCAAGCCUAUUUUCUUUCAGUCUUAGUGUGGAUUUACAGUCCUGAGUAAUAGUAGUAAGAUCGGCCUGUGCGUUAAGCUGUCCAUGUCUGAAAAUCCCUUAAGGCCUUUCUACCCACUCCAGACUCAUUUUGAAUCACUUCUCUUCACGCCAUGACAUAAAAUUCUCUUACUGAGUUCGGCUGUAGGACGUGGUCCUAUCCCUAACUGUCAUUUUAAAUUGUGAGAAGCAUUAAACUUGUCUACAAUGACAUGAAAUUCAAUUCAAAAUAUAAAUUUAGGACGAACCUGUCCAGGAGGAGCCAGUGUGGGGAAAAAAAUUUAUAUAUUUGGGGGUUACCAGCAGACAGUCAAUAACACAGUAGAAAUGUAUGAUAUUAGCCAGGACACAUGGACUUUACUCGCAGUUUUGCUGCCUGAAAGACUGUGGCAGCAUGGCUGCUACGGCAUAAGUAAUAAUAAAAUCCUGAUUUUCGGAGGAGAAGGACCCUCAGAUGAGCCUCACAGGGUGUCUUAUUUAUAUGACAUAAAUUCUGAAGAAUUUCACAGCUGCACUCCUAUAAUAACUACUUCAUCUUGACUUUUCUUUUGGCUACAUAUUAUCAGGCGAGGGCAUUUGCUGUUCUCAAUAAACAAAGAAAAAUGCGUAAUUUCUUAUAACAUAGCAAGCAAUGAAUGGAAUACUUAUAAAAUCUAA